GAAAAGGGACUGCCGCUGGGGGGGUCCGCGCGCUGAAAGGUGGGCUAGGCUGGGAGAGGGAAGGGGCUGGGACUGGGCUCGGGGGGAAGGGUUGGCGAUUAAGGUAGAGAGUUACUGAUUCGUUUUGGCUCAGAGAGGUAAAUGCUGAAGAGAAACCAGAGUUGUUUUGUGUUUCGUUCUUCCAAAGAGCGUGGAGAUGGGGAGGGUUAACGGAACCCUGCACCUUGGGUUUCCAAGGUUUGGUUUUGGAACUGACAGGUCUUGGUCCUGUGCAUCUGAUUCUGGAGGGUCGGGCACCCAAAGCCGACCCCAGUCCUCGGCUCCAAGUUUACUGUGGUCUUACCUUUGAUAAUUCAUGUGCUGAGCUCUCUUGGUCUUGGAGGGCAAGCUCAGAUGUAAAGUUUGAGGCUCUUCUCGGAGCCGCUGGUUCUCUGGGUUUCCCCACUGUGCACACGGGGCUGUGAAAGAAGCUUAAUUGCAUAUCUUUCGUCAUACCCAGCGGCAACUUUACAUAUUCUUUGUGCUGUAACUGGGUUCAUACUGGGCUAGGCAUUCACACUGGGGCUCCUGGAGUAUCAGUGGCUCACCGAAAUAAUGAAAAGAGGGAGUCAGAAGGAAGGUGCUGAGGUUGAAGUGGAGGAGAGGAAGGUAAGACUGGAAAGCCGGGUUGGUCGGUCUCAAGUACAGUGAGUUUUAAGGUCAUAGUCCUACCCUUAGGUCCAUACUGAGCUGUUUGGACUUUCCUACAAUCAGGUUGGGGUAAAUGAUUUUAAGUUGAGCCGUGACAGACUCAGACUUGCUUUAUGCUAGCGUUACUUUGGCUGCAAUACGGAGUGGGGAUCGGAUGGAAAGAGGUGGGAUUUGAGAUGCUUCCCAAGAAUUGUCCACAGAAUUUGGACAGGAAGAAGUGGGAAGUGAAAGUUUAGAGAACCACUCGAAUUUUCUAGUGUGUGUAUUUGGAAGGAUGAAGAUGCCAAAAUCUAGGUGAGAUACAAGAAAGAGGAGCAGGUUAUGUUUGUAGCGAGAACAAUGGAGACCAUCAUUGAGGGCAAAUUAACUUGCAAGAAUCACCCCCAGGGUUUUGUGUAUAAGACAAUGUAAAUUGUUUUUGAAAGUCCUGGAUAGCUCACCUCUGCUAUUUUUUUUUUUUUAAAUCAGUUUUCUUUUGCCAGGUUUUGCAUAGUCAGAAUUUCAACCACCAGCCUCUCUGCUUGUCCCAUUGAAAUGUUGGCUGCUGAGAUCAGGAUCAGAGCAGAUUUGAAGGCUUCUUAUUUUUACUUUUAUAAUUGAGAGAGAGAGAAAAAACAAAACAAAACAGGCCAAAAAAGUUUUUCUAGAUCUCACAGGCAGAUGGAAAUUUUCAUUAAAAACAUCUUAUUCAAGGAUUAUAGCGUACCAGGUUCUACCAGUUUCUUUUGAGAAUAGUGCAGAAUAAUACAAGAUGGGCUCCAUAGUUUCUAUUGGGUAAAGUAUAAAAUUAGCACCAAACAAAUAGUUAAAACGUAUUGUGUGUUCAGGUGCUAAGCAUUUUAUAUGUAUUUAAUUCUUAGAACAAACCAAUGUUACAAAUUUCUGAACCCAGAUCUGCUGUUGUAAAGCCCAUGCUUUUGGCCACUCUGGAACCAUAAGCAGUUGGACUCUUCUGUCUAGUUUGUUGCCUUUUGUAAGUACAUUACAAAUAGAACAGAGCAAAAAUGAUAAAUUUGUGUUUUCUGUGAGGAGCUUAUAAAGUAAAAGCACCAAACUUUUAUCUUUUUUUUUUUUAGAAGUUUAUUUAUUUACUUUGACACAGAGAGAGAGAAUGCAAGCAGGGGAGGGGCAGAGAGAGAGAGGGAGUCAGAGAGACAGAGAGUCCCAGGCAGGCUCCGCGCUGUGAAGCGCAGAGCUAGACUUGGGGCUCGAACUCAUGAACCGUGAGAUCAUGCAGUGAGUCGAAAUCAGGAAUCGGAUGCUUAACUGGCAGAGCUACCCAUGUGCCCCUUACUUUGAUCAUUUUGGCAGUGGUUCUCAGUGGGGCAGUUUUGCCUCCCAGGGGUCUUUUGGCAGUGUCUGGAGGGAGACUUUGUCACAACUGAGGAGUGAGUAACAGUGGCAUCUAGUAGGUAGGAGUGACCGAUGCCGCCGAACAUCAUACGGGGAAAGGAUAGCCUUCACAACGAAGAAUUAUUUGGUCCAAAAUGUUUAUAGUGCUGUAGUUGAGAAGUCCUGCCAUAUCAAUAUAUUUCUUUAGGAAGAGGGAAUUGAGAUUCACUUACACUUUUCUUCUUAAACAUUUUUAUUUUUGACAUUAUUCCUCGGCUUGAAAGACAUGUAAAGUUUAUAUAUCUGGAACAGAAUAGUGUCACUGGUUUUUAAAGUGAAUCUGCGAGCCACAGUUUCCCAGGAAAUGGUUGUCAUAGAAUGAUGAAUUCUUAGAUUUGGGAAAGACUUUUGCUUGAAAUUAUUUUACAACAUCCCUGCUGUUCUCUGCUAUAGGUCUUUUGUAUCUGGUUUCCCUAUAUUUUAAACACAUAUCUAAACUACUCUUAACAAUUAUUUUUUCCUUUUACUGAGCUCCAGUCUCAUAAUUUCAACUUUACUGAAUGUGAUUCUACUCCAUGAAAUUAACACUCAAACCAAGCUUGUUAAAUACCUAAUUUGUACUAUUACAGUGUUUACAUUUUUGUCGGGUACAGUUCAUUUAUUAUAAAAUAGUAUAUUGGUGGAAACUUAAAAAAAAUAGCAUUAUCCUCUUGGUGACCUGUUCUUGGUGGUUGAAAGCAAUAGGAAUUUAUGGGGUUCUUUUGUGUCUGUCAAGCAAUGGCACAAAAGAUCCUGAGUCUUUAAAGUACCUUCUAAUAUAACGCUGACAUACUUGUUUCAGAUUAUGCAUAGACUCUAAGAACUUGAGUUUUCAAACUCUGGUCAGUAUAAUUUGCUUUAAAGAAUAGUUACCUUCUUUUGUAAGUUUUAAUAAAUUUGCUUACAAGUAAGUCUGAAACUUGGUUCUGUUUCCAGUCUGCCCUCUUCCAACAAAUUUGCCAGGUUUCUAUGUAUAGGUUAUUUGAUUUCACGUCAAGAUUACAAUUUUAGAAUAUGUUUAUCUUAAGACAUAUGGUUUCAAAGUAUAUUUAAUAUAUAUACAUCUUAUAGCAUAGCUCUUUUUCAAGGUAAAUAGAAUUUUUUAUUUAAUUGUCUAUUGACUUUUUUUUUUCCAGGGUUCAUUGAAAAAUCCUUAGUGAUAUUGACAUGUUUCAAGUGACAUAAAUUAGCCAAUGACUCGGAGUGAUGGAUUCCCCGAAGAUUGGAAAUGAAUUAUGAUUCAGCUAAAGUCCCGUCAGAUGGGUAUUGUCCUGCUUGUAGAGAGAAGGGAAAGUUAAAAGCCUUAAAGACUUACCGAAUUAGUUUUCAAGAAUCUGUCUUUUUGUGUGAGGAUCUGCAGUGCAUCUACCCUUUGGGCUCUAAAUUACUUAAUAACUUAAUUUCCCCUGAUUUGGAAGAUUAUCACACUCCAAAUAAGUCCCAAAAAAGAAAGUUCUUGGAAACCGGCUAUAAAGAUUCACCUCUUUUAGCAAAUGCCAAAAAGACUAAAAAUCACACUGUUACUGACGGUGAGCAAGGUUUGAACAGCAAACGCGAUGGAGAAGCGUAUGGUGAGACCUCAUCAAGCUUACCUGAUUCACCACACAGUGGACCACAGCACCCAGACAGGACAGUUGGUUCCUUGGAACAGAAUGAGAGUUUGGAGGCUGAUGUUAUUGACAUGGCUGCUGAAGAAGCUCCUACUACAGUUGAUGUUUCUGGAACUGGAGGGAUUUCCCCUCGCGAUGAAGGAUGCACAUCUGAACUGGAAAUGCCGUUGGAGAGCAAAUGUACGUCACUUUGCCAGUCUUCCUACGUCCAAUGGAAAAAUGCUAAUGCUCUCUGUUGGUUAGACUGUAUUCUGUCAGCACUGGUGCACUUGGAGGGGUUAAAGAACGCUGCGACUGACCUGUGUUCUAAUGAGGGAUCUGUGUUCUGGCGGUUGUUUACGAAGUAUGAUCAAGCAAGCAAGCUUCUGCACACCAGUCGAUUGGAAGGAGUUAAAGAUGGAGAUUGCAAAAAGCUUCCUUCAGAAGUAUUUGCAAAGAUAGAGACCUGUCUGAAUGAAGUCAGAGAUGAAAUUUUCAUUAGGCUUCAGCCUCAGCUUAGAUGCACAUUAGGUGAUAUGGAAAGCCCAGUGUUUGCACUUCCCCUGCUCUUAAAAAUGGAACCCCUCAUUGAAAAGCUUUUCAUGUAUUCUUUCUCUUGGAAUUUUGAAUGCUCACAGUGUGGGCACAAGUACCAAAGCAGAUACAUGAAGAAUCUGGUCACCUUUACAAAUGUCAUCCCCGAGUGGCACCCACUUAAUGCUGCCCAUUUUGGUCCAUGUAACAAUUGCAGGAAUAAGUCACAGAUAAGAAAAAUGGUAUUGGAAAAAGUAUCUCCCAUAUUCAUGUUGCACUUUGUGGAAGGCUUGCCACGAAAUGACUUGCAGCGCUAUUCAUUCCAUUUUGAAGGCUGUCUUUAUCAGAUAACUUCUGUAAUUCAGUACCAAGCAAAUAAUCAUUUUAUAACAUGGAUUUUAGAUGCUGACGGAACUUGGCUGGAAUGUGAUGACCUAAAAGGCCUAUGUUCUGAAAGGCGUGAGAAAUUUGAAGUUCUUGCUUCAGAGAUCCAUAUUGUUAUUUGGGAAAGAAGAACAUCUGAGAUGACAGAUAAAACAUCUGCCUGCCUUCCACUUAAAAAGACUAGUGAUGAGCAUGCUUUUGGUGAUGAGGAACAAGCCUCUCCAGCGUGGUGUUCUGUGGGUGAUGCUGCCUCCGCCGAGCUGUCCUCAGGAACUCUCCCCACCAGUGUGUCAUUUGCUCCUAAUACUCUUUCGCAGGGUCAGGCUGUAGCUCACGGACAUCAUUUACUUUCCGGUCCAGAAGGUUUGGGGGACGACAAUAUUUUAUCUUUGACACUUGAAGAAAUACAGGUUAACUCUGAAAGUGUCCCGUUUGAAAAUAAACCUGUGGCAGAGAAUGCAGGAGUUGGCAAAACAAAGGCUUUGCCAUCACGAGAGUCACUACUGGCUUCUUUAGUAUCCGCCCCAUGUGUUGGAAACCUGACUCAAGACCAAUUCAUGGAUUUAAAGUUUCCGUCUCAAACUGUAAAUGCAAGCGUGCGAUUUGCACUGCCGAAUGCCGGAGACACGGGGAUUGCUGCACCUGUGAAUGAUAUCCCCGCUACUCAUCCUGUACACGGUGGGCAGCCGGAAGUUGAGGGCACAGUGGCCCACGAGAAGGACACUCCAUUGACACGGUUUCCUUCACCAAAGACUGAGAAACUAAAACCCGAACAACAGGUUACAUCUCAGGUAUCUAAUUCGAAGAAAAACGAAACGGCAGCAUUUUCUAAACCUGUAACAGCAAAGCCACUGCAGAAUCCAUCUCUGAAAGACACUCCGAAGAAACCAUUUGUAGGAAGUUGGGUUAAAGGCUUAUUAAGCAAAGGUGCUUCUUUUAUGCCACCUUGUGUUUCGGCUCGUAAUAGGAACACUGUAACUGAUUUGCAGCCUUCGGUUAAGGGGGCAAGUAAUUUUGGUGGCUUUAAAACUAAAGGUGUGAACCAAAAGGCUACCCGGGCAUCCAGGAAAGCUAAUAGGUGUGCAAGGAAGCCUCCUCCGGUUCGCACCCCGCCGCCAAGUCAGCCACUGCCUGGUGGCACGACUUCUCAUGUUCAUGCUAAUGUUACUGCUGAUUCAGAUGUUCUGAAGAAAUGUGAAAACGCCCCCUACGGAGCUCACCGCAGUCACAGUUCCUGUGUCAAAGAACACGGUGUUUCUUCUGCAAACCAUGGCGACUCAGUUGAGGGUCAGAUUCAUAAACUUCGUCUCAAACUUCUUAAAAAACUUAAGGCAAAGAAGAAGAAAUUAGCUGCUCUUAUGUCUUCCCCCCAAAACGGAGCGCUUCCAAGUGAAAAUUUAGAACAUGUGUCCCAUUGUGGGUCUCCAAACGAUUGUGACUCGAUAGAAGACUUGUUAAAAGAGCUACAGUAUCAGAUCGAUACCGCUGAGAAUAAAUCUGGAUGCACCGCGGUUCCAUACAGUGGUCAAAGUCAUGAAGAAAUUUUGGCAGAACUGUUGUCUCCUACAGCUGUUGUCUCAACAGAGCACUCGGCAAACGGGGAGGCUGAUUUCAGGUAUUUAGAAAUGGGACAUGACCACGUCGCAGCACCAGUGCCUACUGAGUUAGACGACAUUCCCCAAAAUACACACCUGAGACAGGACCAUAAUUACUGUAGCCCCACCAAGAAGAAUCCGUGUGAAGUUCAGCCAGACUCACUGACAAAUAAUGCCUGCGUUAGGACAUUGAACUUGGAAAGUUCCAUGAAGACUGAUAUUUUUGAUGAGUUUUUUUCCACUUCGACAUUAAAUUCUUUAGCAAAUGACACAUUAGACUUACCUCAUUUUGAUGAAUACCUGUUUGAGAGUUGUUGAUUGCAUGCUAUCUUUUUUUAGUUUCAUAUUUAUUAUGGCUCUUGGAAAACUUAAUAUGUUAUUAAGUAGUAUUUAUACACUGGCCUUGUCGUGAACAAAAUGCAAGCUAUGCGAGGUUUUACCUUUGAUCCUACCCACAAAGCAUGUAAUCUGUUUUACAAAUUAAAAUGAUCAGGAAUUGGUU